CUUAAACGAAGCGACUGGGCGUCGUCAUCGUCCAUUAUCAGCGAGCUGGUCCGCGUCGUCGCAACAACUUUGAUCUGAAGAAACUCCCGUCUUCGAGACCUUCCACGUGCAAAUUGACCAAAGACCAAUUUAAUAAACAAUACUGCUGUUCUUCCCAUCCAAUAUGGUGAAGAUAUUUGUUGGCAACGUAGCCUCAGCGACCACUGAAGACGAGCUUCGUGCUCUGUUUGAGAAGUACGGUGCUGUGUCCGACUGCGACAUUCUGAAAAACUAUGGCUUUGUGCACAUGGAUGAGGAAGAGGCAGCGCAGAAGGCUGUCUCCGCUUUGCACAAGCAUGAGCUCCAUGGCUCCCACAUCACUGUAGAAUAUGCCACCACUAAGGUACGCAAUGCCACCAAGAUCUACGUGGGCAAUGUUCCUGAAGGUGUCACUGCAGCCAAAAUCAAGGAGCUUUUCCAGCCGUACGGCAAGGUGGUGGAAUGUGAUAUUGUGAAGAAUUAUGCAUUUGUUCAUAUGCAGAGAGAGAGUGAUGCUCUGGAUGCCAUUUCAGAGCUUAAUCAUUCUAAAGUGGAGGGCCAAAAGAUCUUUGUUUCCCUCUCUCGCAAUAACCCAUCCAGAAAUGGCCGGGGGGAGGACUAUUUUCCCCCUCCCCCACAUCACUAUCCACCUCACCCACACCAUCAUCCUCACUUUCUCCCACCACGCCCGCCGCCCCGUGACUACUAUCCGCCUCGUGGCCGACUUCCACCCCCUCCUCUCCCACCACCGCCACCCCGUGCCCUCUACGAACGCGACGUGUAUGAGAGGGGCCUUCGCCAUGACCCGUACGCUGCUGCCUCCCCUCGUUUUUACGAUCGGGAUCCAUAUGAACGACGCCCUCCGCCUCCCCAACGACCUAUCACUCCUCCCCUCGCUGCUCGCUACUACCGUGAACGCAGCCCUCUUGGUCGCCGCUCUCUUCUGCCACCGCCUCCCCCUCCACCCUCUUCUGCCAGCUAUGGCCGCGGGUUUGCCCGCAAUGGCGCUGGCUCUGGGCCCCCUUCCCGUUCCGCCACUGUUUCCUCCCACUAUCAGCGUUACUCUGUUGGCUCAGGCUUUGAUAAGGAUGAUUAUUUGGAGGACAAGUACAGCAAUGGUUUCAGCCGUAGCUACUAAGAGUGCAUUAUCUUGGAAAUCUGUCAGUCCCUUUUCUAUUAUUUUAGGAGACAAGUAAUCUAAGAGGGACAUACCUUCAGGGAGUUAGUGAUUUAUUUUGUAGUAAUCUGUGAUGGUUGUAGCUAUUUUAGACAACAGGUGAAACAGCUAAUACUGUACUCAUUUAAUUAAUAGAUUUACCUCUUCUCAAUGAAGGAAUGGCAAAUGGGAAGUUAUAUAUUCCUCCAAGUUUUCUAUUAUGUCAUGUACUAUAUUUAACCACAAUAUCAUUUUGAAUAUUUUCUUAAGAUACUUGGUUUUUCUUAUAAUCACUUAACAUUUUUAGUUUACUCUUGCAUGCACAUCUAUUAAGGUUCUACAACGCAAAAGAUCGCCUGUAUGUUUGAGUUAAGAAAAACAGUAUGCUUAGGUUAUCGUAAUAUUUAUUUUCUUCAUUUAGAUGAUAUUUCAACAGAAGUACAAUGUUGCAGUGUCUAACCAAUAUUUAAAUUAAGUUGUUUAAUGUUUACCUGCACCCCCCCCUCCAUUUUUAGGAAUGAGAUUGCAGUGCUACCUCUGUCACCAUCUUUUGCAUGAGUUACAGAUGCAACACUGAAUAUCUUGCCUUGAGAUUGGAGAUUAACUAAAUUGUAUUGAUACUGUCCUAUCCUACAUCGCAACAGUUGUCUUUUGUUUUGUAUUUCUUUUUUUAAUCAGAAUUUCAUUUAUUCUUGAUCGAAUCUGUUCCCUGGAUUACUUUGUUGGCGAAUACAUUUUCGAUGUUAUUGGUAGAAUAUUUGAUGAGUGGAGAGAGGGGAAAAAAGCAGUGGGAAGGAACAGAGGAAAUGGGUCAAGAGGUGGUUGUGGGCAGAGCCGUAUGCUAACUGACUGAUCAACCAAUCACAUCCUAAUGGCAAACAGAGCACAUCACAUCCACCAGCUGCUCAACUUACGGACACGCCAUCACAUCGUAGGAAAAAGCACCACCGGUCAAAGGAAGCUCGGAUAAAAACAAAUGAUCAACCACUCGCUGACCGUCUAAUAAAUAAAUAACAUUUGAUUCAUUAAAGCAACUUCUACACUGUAUUUCGAAAUUACAUUUGUAAUUCUAGCUCAUUUGCCGAUUCCGCUGACUCUGACAAAGUAGUUUUUAUUGAUUAUAAAGAUUAUUUUGAAAUCACAUUUCAAUGGACGUGCUUGUGAUUGAAAAUAUUUCUGAAUACUCAACAUUGUUUUCUGUCCUACUUGUACUACUGCUGUUUGCCUACGAUUUCAUUGUUAACCUACAAAUCUGUUUAAAAUGUAAGUCUUUCAGCCUGUUUCUCGACUGUUGAUCCGAAACCGCUAUCUUUAUUAUAUUGUUCAAACGAGCAGCUUUGCGGUUGUUUGCAAUUUGUUCGAAAUAUAUGCUUGCUUUGAUUAAACCUAUUUAAACAGGUUCAUGUUCUGCCAGUCGUUGUGACCAUCUAUCCGCCUGAAUAAAAUGUCGACUGACUCAGACACCGUUUUUUAUGUCACCAGUUUUUGAGUCUCCUUAAUUUCUACCUCAUGUCUCUCGCUCACGUUAUCAUUCGUAUAAUUCAAAUGUUCUGUGACUUGAUCACUCAUGUGUAAGGUGCCAAAUAGAUCCGUGUAAAACUUCACUUUCCAGUCUACACUUGAUCCCAUCAUAUAAAAGGCAGUAAUUUAAACCUAAGUAAAUUCCAAAUACUGUGUCUUCCUGUUCUUUCUCAAUGAAUAAUUUUUUUGAGUCCCUGUUUCAAAUCACUGUAGCAGUGGACCACACAGGUUGUGUGGUUUAUCAGGAUUGGUGAGAUAAAAGUGAAGGUAAGUAAUAUUUGAAAGUGGACUGUUUGGACUUCUUUUUACCUUGUUGCAUGUUAUUUUAUGUAUUAAUAUUCUGAUGUGAACUGUCUUAAAUGCAUUUUUGGUCCGUAAGGGAAGAUUGGUCAGAAGGCACUACAGACAUUUGAAGUAUUACAUCGUAUUGUAGGCCUCAGUUGAACGGGAGUAUAAAAAAAGCUCAAAGUCAGCAGUUUAAAAACGGUUGUUAGGAGAUGCCUGAUAGUAUGGAAAUUAUCAACCUUUAUUACAACUUUGUUAAUGGUCCAUAAUAGAUGUUCAGUCAGCUAAUACCAUUAGAAAAUUAAAAUAAACUAUAUACAUCAUGUCACUCGGAUAGCUUGUUUUGGCAUUUGCUAUUUAUAAUUAUAAUUAACAAUGUAUGGGGCAAAGAAUGGUUUUGAAAGACUCCAGGAAUAUUCAGAGCUUUUUUUGUACUGUAAAAACUGCUGUACAAGACACAGAAAACAUUUCUAUAGUUUAUUUAGAGAUAUGGGUCAUUCUCAGUCAGGAAACUGCUGGAAGUGCCCAUAAAAUGUACUAUUCAUAAUAAACGGGACACAAACAUUAUUUGAUUUGUUUUAAUCGGUGUGUAAUGAAAGUGUUCACAUACAAAAUAUCAGCAAACACAUGUUGGGGUGCAUACUUUAAAAAAAAAAAUCAUAUUAGAGUGAAUACAGGUAAAGUGGGACACAUUGAAAGUAUUUGCUAGUUUUUUUUUUUUUUUUACUUUUUAAACUUAAACCCUGAAACAUUCUAAUCCAAAAAAAGUUUCAUUAAACAUGCUGGAACAGAACAUUUCAUGAAAAAUAUUUAGUUUUAUAGUAUUUAUUUUUUAUUAUGUGCAAUUUUGUACACAGCACACUGUAACAGAUCGUUUUACAUUAUCUAUUUAAAUUCUACAUAUAUAAAUGUCAAACUUGGCGUGAUGGGGUUGAAAUAAUGUAGUGUUUUAAGGUUUGGCUUAGGUGAAGUAACAAUAAAUAGGUAGUGAAUUGGUUUAAGAAUCAGCCAUUAAAAAAAAAUAAAGAUAUUUGUUGACCAUUCAUUUGAAUAUUGGUAGACCCCUAAUGUCUAUGGUCAUUGCAAUCCUGGUACUUUUGUCCUGAGUUGGGGAAAUAUGAUUUUUGAAGGUUCAGUCAUAGGCGGAAAUCGCCCCCCCCAUCUGAGGGUUGUCCCUCCGUAAAAUAUCAUUAAAAUAUGUAUAUUGUAAAUAAUAUAACGAUAUAUUCUUAAAAAAAUUGUUUAAGAAAUAAAAUAAUACAAAUGCAAACGGGGCAACAACAAAAAAAACCUUGGUGUCCCCUUCAAAAAUUGCUCUUGAGAAUUGUUAUGUUUAUUGUCCCCCUCAACAUUUUAUGAAAUUUUUGCCCCUGGGUUCAGUAGUAAUCUUUUCAAGUGAAUUGAUAUAUAUAUAUAAAAAAAGCACAUGGCACCAUAUCCUGAGUGACCCAUUUUAAAUGAUUAAUUAUAGAUACUUUGAUUUUAAAUGUUAUUUAGAGUCUCAUGCAGACAAUGGAAUUAGGCUUAAGCAUUUGGGUUGAGUAGGAUCUGAGAUUAGGUUUUUUGGUUGUAAUGAAUCUGGUCUAAAUGAGUAAGAAAUAAUUGAGUUUAUACAUUUGCAAUUAUAACAUCAAUGGAUAACUUUGUUAAUUAAAGAUUCACAAUACGAUGUCUGAUCUAGAUCUUUGAAAUCAUGUGCUGUUUUCUAACUAUUCGUUUGUGGAAAUGCUGUCAGUCUUAGCAGUAAAGACCAAAUACAAUUCAUUUUGGGAUCAGUGAGCACUAAUGCUUUAUGUAUUUCUUGUUUAAGUCAAUAAACGCAAUAUGAAUUACU